AUGUCCUCCUCUAUUAGACAAACUUUGAGACAACAACACUUUACAUGCACUGAAAAACUUGAUUAUGAUGUAGAGCAUCAUGAAAGAGCUGAUGUUAGAGAGGAAGCAAAGGUCUUAAAAGAAGCAUGUGAAGCAUUUCUUUUAAGUAAAUACGACUAUUUAAUUGCAUACGAAUAUCAUCUUCCUUCUCAUUACAAAGGAGAUGCAAUUCUUGCUAAAUUUCGUAAUGAUGGAAAGAUUGAUAUUUUGGCAUUGGAAGCAAAGCAUAUUAACUAUUCACCAGAUGUGGUUUGGAGAAAUCAAAAACGAAAACUUCAAAAACUCAGAGAACAAGUUACGAGAUGUGGCAACAAUGCCUCUCACUAUUUGACUGAAAUUCUUGAAUGGGAUACAGAUUCGAUUGGUACAAUCAAACCAUUUGGAGUUUACAAUGGCCAAAAUGGAGAGCUCAGAGAUCACACAAAGGAUCUCAUUGAACCAGAACAUUUUGAGCAAACAACAAGAUUGGAUUCAGAAGUACCUGUAACAAGCACUACUACUAACCAAGGAAAUGGCUCAUUCUGGGGAGCACUUGCUGUUGUUGGGGCAGUUUCUUUAGGAGCCAUGUAUGUAGCUGCCAAUACUAAUAACCCUCCCAAUCAACAACAACAAGUUCAACAACAAGGAAGAAGAAACAAUGAAAAUGAAGAAAGCCAACAAGAAUGCUUAAUUAUGUAA